CCUUGUUUGUGUGGUGCCGCCGCCGCCGGUGCAGCCGCCGCCGCCGCCGCUGCCCCUGUCUGUACCGCAGUGUCUGCUCCGCCCGCCCGCCCUCCCCGACCCGGCCCGCCCCCUCCCCCACCCCCGCUCCCGGACCCGCCAGUGGGGUCUGGAUCCCACUGUGCCGUCGCCGCCUCCUUUUUCGACGCCUUCACGGCCGCCCGAGGAAGCGACCUGGUCGGGAGUUCCGCCGCCGCUGCCAGGAUGGAUAGAAUGACAGAAGAUGCUCUUCGCCUGAAUCUUUUGAAGAGGAGUUUGGACUCAGCAGAUGAGCGAGAUGAUGUCCUGGCAAAACGACUGAAAAUGGAGGGACACGAGGCCAUGGAACGGCUGAAAAUGUUGGCACUGCUCAAAAGGAAAGAUUUGGCAAAUCUUGAGAUGCCGCAUGAGUUACCUACCAAACAAGAUGGCAGUGGUGUCAAGGGUUAUGAAGAGAAACUUAAUGGAAAUCUCAGGCCUCAUGGAGACAACAGGACUGCUGGAAGGCCCGGCAAAGAAAACAUCAAUGAUGAGCCUGUGGAUAUGAGUGCUAGACGGAGUGAGCCAGACCGAGGAAGGCUAACUCCUUCCCCAGACAUAAUUGUUUUGUCUGAUAAUGAGGCUUCCAGUCCCCGAUCCAGCUCCCGGAUGGAAGAGAGACUCAAAGCAGCCAACCUAGAGAUGUUUAAGGGGAAAGGCAUUGAGGAACGGCAGCAGCUUAUCAAGCAACUGAGGGAUGAGCUACGAUUGGAAGAAGCUCGUCUGGUGCUGUUAAAGAAACUGAGACAGAGUCAGCUACAGAAAGAGAAUGUGGUCCAAAAGACUCCAGUUGUACAGAAUGCAGCAUCUAUUGUUCAGCCAUCUCCUGCACAUGUGGGACAACAAGGCUUAUCUAAGCUUCCCUCCCGGCCUGGGGCACAAGGGAUUGAACCUCAAAAUUUGAGAACAUUACAGGGUCACAGUGUCAUCCGUUCAGCAACCAACACCACCCUUCCACACAUGUUGAUGUCUCAACGUGUUAUUGCACCAAAUCCAGCCCAACUUCAGGGCCAGCGGGGGCCACCGAAGCCUGGCAUUGUACGCACCACAACACCUAACAUGAAUCCUGCCAUCAGUUACCAACCACAGUCAAGUUCUUCUGUUCCCUGUCAGCGCACAACGUCUUCUGCCAUCUAUAUGAACCUUGCCUCCCAUAUUCAGCCAGGGACUGUGAACAGAGUGUCCUCACCACUUCCUAGCCCCAGUGCCAUGAGUGAUGCUGCCAACUCACAGGCUGCAGCCAAAUUGGCUCUUCGAAAACAGCUGGAAAAGACGCUCCUGGAGAUACCACCUCCAAAACCUCCUGCUCCCUUGCUUCACUUCCUGCCUAGUGCAGCCAAUAGCGAGUUUAUCUACAUGGUAGGCUUGGAAGAAGUCGUACAGAGUGUCAUUGACAGCCAAGGCAAAAACUGUGCCUCACUUCUGAGGGUUGAACCCUUUGUAUGUGCCCAGUGCCGCACAGAUUUCACCCCUCACUGGAAGCAAGAAAAGAAUGGUAAGAUCCUCUGUGAGCAGUGUAUGACUUCGAACCAGAAAAAGGCUCUAAAAGCUGAACACACUAACCGGCUGAAAAACGCUUUUGUUAAAGCCCUACAGCAGGAACAGGAAAUUGAACAGCGAUUACAGCAGCAGGCAGCACUCUCCCCAACGACAGCUCCAGCUGUAUCCAGUGUCAGUAAACAGGAGACCAUCAUGAGACAUCAUACACUUCGGCAGGCUCCACAGCCCCAGAGCAGCCUCCAGCGUGGUAUACCCACAUCUGCCCGAUCCAUGCUUUCAAACUUUGCACAGGCACCCCAAUUGUCUGUGCCAGGUGGCCUCCUUGGUAUGCCAGGUGUCAACAUUGCAUACUUGAACACUGGCAUCGGAGGACAUAAAGCCCCAAGUUUGGCAGACCGGCAGCGUGAAUACCUUUUAGACAUGAUCCCUCCCAGGUCUAUAUCGCAGUCCAUCAGUGGGCAGAAAUAACGCCUGUUCACUUGUACUGCCCAACCUUGAAUCCUUUACCCAUUUCUCCCAUUGCCCCCAACUUCCGUCGCAUGCAGUGCCUGUACUGGUGCCUACCAUACACGGAAAACAAAACCGAAAAAAAAAAAAACAGAAGACAAAAAUAGACAUCAAGAAAACACACGCCCUGCCCUGCCACCUCCCCUUUAUUUCACACUGCUGCGAUCUGUUCUCCUGCUGCUCUGUCUUCUCUCUUCGAUUUCCUUUAACAGUGAGGUGGAUCUUUGCCUCUGAUAGAGGUCAGAAUGAGGUCCUGGGGAGAAUUUAAGCCCUUUAAUGUGUGUUUCUAAAGUAUGUUUUAUGCUAUAAUUAUUAUCAUUUUUAAUUAUAUUGUGUGUUUUCCCUUUGUUCUAUAGACGGUUAACCCCAUCUUCUGAUUUAUUUCCCUACCCCCCUUUGCUAACCUUCCUCCUUUUUUAAAAAAAGUAUAUAUAUAUGUGUGUAUGUAUAUAUAUAUAUACAUAUAUAUAUGUGUGUAUAUAUAUACACACAUAUAUAUAUGAUAUACAAUUCAAUGAUCACAUGCAGAUUGCAGUGGAUCCUCAGCUGCCAAUAGGAAAUAACUGAGAAUGUUAGAGACAGAGAUGUUGAGUGCACGUAACCUGAGUUGUGGAGUGGGUAUCAUCAACCAAGUAGGAAAAGCAUCCCAGCUAUGGCUGGUUAGGAUCUGGAGAGUGUAGGAGGCAAUGUUUUAGUAAUGAAGUUGAGCUCUGUGACAAUGAAUAAAAGAGCCUAGAGGGAGAAGCUUAAAACAAAAACUACCUGUAGUUUAACCAUGGGAUAAGGGGGAAGAGGUGUUACAUAUGUUCAAUAGUGUCCAAAGACGGCUGCAGCCAGGUCCUGGCCUUCUAGGUGCUUGGGGUGUAAGAUGGGUCUCCUGACCCCAGUGAGGACACAGAAGUCUGUUCCAGGCCAAUCAUCUUGAGAUUGUUUAUCUUAUUUUCUUUGUAAAAUUGUCUCUCAUCACAUCUUCAUACCCUUUAACAAAUGUUCGUCUUCCUUCUAACCAUAGUCCCGGAGGAAUGGGUGUUUCCAGGCUGCAGGUGGCUGGGUAUCCUAGAAGUUGGAAUAGGUAUAAGUGGAUCAUGUUAUAGAAGAGGAAACUAGACAUAGAGGAAGGUUAGGUUUCUCCCAACAGUUGAGAUUCUCGAAUAUUUCUAUCCCUGUACCCUCUGAGUGCUGAGAGAUAAUGGGUGUGGGCCCCCGAUCAGGUUGGCAUUCCACUCUGACUCUGCUACGCUGGCUGUAGAUCCAACUCCUCAGAGCCACGCAACUUGUCAAACCACCUUUGGACCUCAGCUAUACAAGUAUUGUCUUCCCCCAAGCUCCUCUCCCCAAAACUUUGUUCAUUUUGCAAUUUUUGUGGGGGGGCACUAUUAAUGUAGAGAAUAAAUUGAAUUGUGCAAUGUCGCUGUUCUGAGGUUAGGGAGGUAAAUAUCCUGUUUGCCCACACUGUGGCAAGGAGGAGGGGGAGGAGGGACCAAGCUGGUUUUGAGGUAAGGGAAACCUGAAAAUGAAGGGUUUCUGCUUUCCUCAGAGUGUACAUGUACCUGCCUCUACAGCUCUAGAAGCCGUCUGAGUGUACUAGCGACACUUUGAGCAAAGAUGUAUGAGGAGUUUUAUAAUAUUUUGCCCUUGAUAGCCACCUGAGGAAAUUCCCUCAUUUUUAUUUUUAAAAACUAAAUAAUUUUUUUAAAGUAAGAAGGCACUUUUAAAAUUAUACACACACACACACACACACACACACACACACACACAAACUGUACACCUUUCCCAUAAAAUUUGGGGUAGGGUGGGAAAAGAAGCUAGAUCAAGCUCACUUCCUCCACUCUGGUCUCUUCUUUCUCAAUACCCCAGUGCUACUGUGGGUGAUUAUACUGGCCCUACGGGUCUUCCUGGCUUUUUUCUUCCCUUUCCCUCAAAUUUAUUGAGCACUUAAUAAAGGAGCAGAGAUACAGCUGUGUCUGGGCUCCCCAAGUGGUAAAAUGACCUGGAAGCUAGAUGCUAGUAACAAGUAGUUUAAGCAGGUCAUUUCAAGUAUUUUUCUGGGGAAUGUGGUGCCCCUGACUGUAAGUGGUAGGGGAGGGAGGGGGGACUAAUGGAGCUGGGUUUGGGAUUAUUUUAAAAUUAUAUAUAUAUAUAUAUAAAAGAUAUAUUCUUACAUCUUUUCCUUGCCCUCUGUGCUUUGAAAGCACUGAAUAAAUUGAUUCUGUUUUUCUCUUCCACAAAAUUGGAAGAUUUUUUUUCUUCCAUUUUUUUAAAUGUUCUUACCAGUCAUCUUGCCUUGUGGCAUGUCUGUCUAACCUCUCCCUACCCCAUGAUGAAGUGCCAUUUCUGUUACGUCUCCCUGACCCCCAACUCAGAGGUGCUCAGAGGUACAAGGUGCCCAAGUUUGUCAGUUGAGAUUAAAAGGAACAGAGAAUGUGCAAUACCGUCCAGCUGGGGCCUGUCCUUGCCCUGAGCUAGGUCCUCUCCCUGGGAGCUAGGCCACUUUGACUAGGGUAUGGAGGUAAGACGUAUGGAAAUGGGGAGUGGUGGCAAGGAAAGCCCAUAGUUCAGUGCCUGUUUAGGUGCUGAGGCCAUAGGGGAGAGGGGAGGGUCUUCCCUGUGUUUGUCCCUAACUUCAGGGUCAGUUAAACAUAGAAGCUGCUUAUACUACUAGUGUAGCUCUGUGGCCCUUUGCUCAUUGCUGAGGUUUGAUUUCUCAUCCUCUUUCCCCCACCAUCAUACUCUUCCCAGGAAUUAGCAAGAGGGGUGAAAUCUUUCUUAAUCAUGGUAAAGUAUUAGCCUUCCAUUUCCUCCCUUAGGUCCUGCCCCUGUCCCCCUUUCUUCAAGCCUCUACAUUUUACAUCACUGAUUGCCUUGUGUCCUUCCAAGCCUUUUUUUUUUUUUAAAUUAACUCAUCCUCCAGCUGUGGGCCCUUAUAGACAUUAACCCUCGUGCCCUAAGGAUAAGAGGAAAGACCCUGAGUUCAGUGGUCCUUUUACCAUUGGACUUUAACUCUCAGGUAUCAGUAGAGUGGGGAUCCAACCAGUACAAUCUAGCUUCCUCUAGACCUUGAGGCACUACAAGCAGUCAUUCAUGGAUGGUGUCUUUCUUACUCCACAGCAACCUGAAAUGGGUGGAUUAGUGGCAAGGCUGGGGUAAAAUUAGGAGACAGAAGUCCUUAUUUGUCAGUUUUAUUUUGUCACUAGACCACAGCAUCUGAACUCCCUCCAUUGCUGAAUAAGUAUUUUUCCUGCAUUUUGGGAUAUAUGUAUGGUAGACAUUUCUUUUUAAAGACACCAAGAUAAAUGUUUUCCUGCCUUGGUUACCUUUCCUUUCCCCUUUAAAAGGAAUUAGCUAUAGAACUGCUUUGUAAAGAUGCUUCUUGGUAUUUUACUUUUGUUCCUUUCCCCAACCAUUCCCAUUUCCCCCUUUUUUCUAGAAGGCAUAACCCUUCUCUCCACAGUCCCUAUCCCAAUCCCAUUCAUCCUAGGCUCCCUUCCUUUCAUCAAGAUCUUCAUUAGCUUAUGAUAUUUGCUGCCGAGAUGUUAUAACAAGGACUCAUUCAUGUAUAUAAGCUAUUUCUUGAUCCAUUUAAAAGGAAUUGUACAUUGUGUAGAAAAAAAAAAAACAUGAAAAAGAGAAAAAAAAAAAGCCCUAGCCAUGGAUAUUGUGAAACUGUGUUAUGUCAUUUUGUAAUGUGCCCGUUUGUGUAUGAUCCGUGCAAAAGGGUUUCUGGGGAAGGGGAGGGUGGAGGGAGGCAGGACUGUGGAGGGUGGGGAGAGGAGUGGGCCGGGCCCAGCACACUGAGACUGGCAGCUGCUCCAACCCCACCCUUCCUUAAAGAUGCCACCUCCCCCACCACCCACCCCUAUUUUGUGCCUUGCCCUCCCCACCCUGGAGUAAUCUCUCCAGGUCACCAGCACUGCCUUGGCAGAGCCCACUCCCUACCCUAACCUGCCCACUCUUCCUACCCCCCAGCAUUAGGUUGAUAAUAUGGGAAAGUGCUGGAGGUUGGGAGGUAGCCGAGGAAUGGGGCAGUUCCUGGGGGCAUUGAAACCAAGUAUUAUUAUGAAUUGUAAUUGUAUUUGCACUGUUUUCCCCCUCUGAUUGCAUCAGCAUAUAUACAAUAUACCUAUAUAACAAAA